UCUUUUGAUUCUCUGUUAUCUAUCCAUCUUAGACCGUGACCGUGACCGUGAUCGUGAUCGGGACCGAUAUGACCGUGAUCGUGGAAGGCGUGACAGCGAUCGCGAUCGCUAUGACCGUGACAGGGGACGGCGUGACGGUGACCGCGACCGCUACCGUGAUGACAGGAGGGGAAGGCGUGACAGAUUCCGACGUUCACCUGGGCCGUGCACACCUGUGGUCAAAACCCCAGCUGUUCCCGUUCGCGCGCCCACAUCAGAAGAGGUCCAAGCGAAACUAGCGGCGCACGCAGAGGUCUUGCGCCAACAGGCUCAGACCCAGGCCAAAGCAAUCAACAUGCCCGGCUACCUGAACCCUGCGGUGGUCAACCCUCAGCAGUACAAAGUGCAGCAGGAGAAGAAGAAGUUGUUAUGGAGCGGCAAGAAAAAAGAGGCAGCUGCUCCCCCAGGUCAGUGGAGCGCGGCAAGCUACACCUCCGAGAUGGACCCCAAGUUCCGCCGACUGAUGGGUAUCAAGGGGGGAGAAGCGCAAGACUCUCAGCUAGAGAGUACUCCCGCAGCCGCCAAGCCUGAAGGCCAAGGUCAGAGCGAGCUCCUGCACAACCUUGAGAUUGAGUUCGAACGAUCACGUGCCUUUCAGCUGUCGCGAGGUGCUGGCGGAAAAAGCGGCAUAGGGCUCGGCUACCAAGGACCCAAGUUCCCAUGAUACUUUAUGCUAGCGGUAUACCUUAUAGGGCUCGGCUACCAAGGACCCAAGUUCCCAUGAUACCUUAUGCUAGCGGUAUACCUUAUAGGGCUCGGCUACCAAGGACCCAAGUUCCCAUGAUACUUUAUGCUAGCGGUAUACCUUAUAGGGCUCGGCUACCAAGGACCCAAGUUCCCAUGAUACCUUAUGCUAGCGGUAUACCUUAUAGGGCUCGGCUACCAAGGACCCAAGUUCCCAUGAUACCUUAUGCUAGCGGUAUACCUUAUAGGGCUCGGCUACCAAGGACCCAAGUUCCCAUGAUACCUUAUGCUAGCGGUAUACCUUAUAGGGCUCGGCUACCAAGGACCCAAGUUCCCAUGAUACCUUAUGCUAGCGGUAUACCUUAUAGGGCUCGGCUACCAAGGACCCAAGUUCCCAUGAUACCUUAUGCUAGCGGUAUACCUUAUAGGGCUCGGCUACCAAGGACCCAAGUUCCCAUGAUACCUUAUGCUAGCGGUAUACCUUAUAGGGCUCGGCUACCAAGGACCCAAGUUCCCAUGAUACCUUAUGCUAGCGGUAUACCUUAUAAGGAUCGGCUACCAAGUUCCCAUGAUACAUUAUGCUAGCGGUAAAAAGAUAUAUGAUUCUGUUCCGAGCGACCCAAGCCUCCAUGAUUCUUGAUGUCAUGGUGCAGACCAGUAUAGCAGGUUAAGACUUCAUUUCCAGGGGCCUAAUUUCCCAUGAUGCCAUGUUGCUAAGUGGUGCCGUCGGAACAGCGCAGCUUACUGUUCCCAAGGACCCCAUUUCGCAAGGACCCCUAUUCCUAAGGACCCCAUUUCGCAAGGACCCCUAUUCCCAAGGACCCCAAUUUGCAAAGGUCCCAAUUCCCAAGGACCCCAUUUCGCAAGGACCCCAAUUCCCAAGGACCCCAUUUUGCAAGGACCCCUAUUCCCAAGGACCCCAUUUCGCAAGGACCCCUAUUCCCAAGGGCCCCAAUUCGCAAGGACCCCUAUUCCCAAGGACCCAUUUCGCAAGGACCCCUAUUCCCAAGGACCCCAAUUCCCAAGGACCCCAAUUCGCAAGGACCUCAAUUCCCAAGGACCUCAAUUCCCAAGGACCCCAAUUCACAAGGACCCCAUUUCGCAAGUACCCCUAUUCCCAAGGACCCCCAUUCGCACUGACCCCAUUUCCCAAGGACCCCAACUCGCAAGGACCCCAAUUCCCAAGGACCCCAACUGGCAUGGACCCCAUUUCCCAAGGACCCCAAUUCGCACGGACCCCAAUUCGCAAGGACCCCAACUCGCAAUGCCGUAUGCCCCCGAACUCCCUUGUUGCCUCGCUUUUUGACGGGGCUAUUACACCCCUUGGUGAGGAAAUGCAAUCGCACUGAUUGAUUACAAGUGUUUUUUUACACUCGUUACCUGUCACAAUGCCGCGAGUUUUUUUUUCUUCUAAUUUUCUGUUAUGGAUAGAAUAGUCUUGUCUACUUUCUGGAUUCCUUUUUAAAUUGUAUCUUAUUUAUUUAAAAUGCCCCUGACACUGUUAUAACUACCAGGAGAGUAGAGAGGGAGGAAGUAAAUAUUGAGCAAGUGGAAAAGUACUAUUUUAUUCGGUGUUUAGGUACUGAAUAAAUAUAUAUCCAUAGUUUUCUAAGCACGCUUAUACUUAGAAAGAUCAAUAAAAUAUCAGUGUGUUAUUAAA